AUGCAAGAAGAAAAUGCAGUACUUAGCCCAGACUUCCUCAGCUCUGUCACUGUCAUCACAGAUAAUCCAUUGUACAAUGCUGGUGAAUCAAUUGAUGGCGAUCCUGAGGAUGUUUUCAGGAAAGAUUUCGAACAGUCUGAUUCUACUAUUGAAGGAGUUUUCCUCAAUGAAAGUGAUGCUACUUGCAACAACAUCUUCUUAAAUAACAAUGUACCAAGUGAGAGUAUCCUUACUCAGAAUAAUCAAGUGUAA